AUGGCUCCAACCAAACGCGGGAAACGAGGAGUCAGUGACGCUGAUGAUGAGGAUGAUGAGUACCGGCGGAAACGUGACAGAAAUAAUGAGGAAACUUUCACACGAGUAAACAAACUGAAAGCUGAGAACCAAAUGCUUGAAGAGAAAGUCAAGACACUAACUAAAGAACUCCAGUUUUUAAAGGAAUUGUUCUUAGCGCAUGCAUCAAACACGCCCAAUGCAAAGUUCGAUGGCAUAGACCUCGACAAACUAUUAGAAGAUAUACCGGAUGACAAGAAAUAG